AUGGCGACACGUGGAGCAACAAUGAAGGAACUCCAGCUUAACGCUGACAUUACAAAGCCAGCAACGCAGGGUGAUAUCAGGAAAAUUCUUGAACGAAUCGACAAGCUAGGCUCGGAAAUAAAUCCUCGUUUAGAUAAGAUAGAAAAUAAAUUGGCAGAGUUAGAAGAGCAAGUAGAUGACCAUAGACAAGCAAACAUUGAAGAGAUAGAGUCAUUGAAAGCAAGCAUGGAGAAACUGGAGAACCAAUCAAGAAGAAAUAACUUGAUAUUUAAAGGCAUACCACAGAAAGACAACGAGAAAUGGGAAGAAACGGAAAAAAUGGUGUUGAAAUGCAUUAGAAAUGAUUUGAAAAUACAGGAUGAGAUUCAAAUAGAGCGAGUACAUAGGCUAAAUACCAAGGCAAAAGGAAGCAGAAUAAUUGCACGAUUUGCUAAAUACAAGGAUAAGCAACGCAUAUUGAAGAAUGCAUUGAAAUUGAAAGGAUCACGGAUAAGUAUCUCGGAAGAUUUUGCUCCAAAAACGAGAAUAAUUAGAAGCAAGCUGUUGGCCAAAAGAAGAGAAAUUAUUAACGAAAAUGAAAACUGCUCAGCUAAGCUGAGAUAUGACAGGUUAGUGGUAACAUACAGUUAUGGUGUUGUUGAAACAUUCAUAUUUAAUGAAAAGAAAAACAAAGUUGUUAAACAACAAGACAAAGCUAAGGAAGGAAGUAGAUAUAAUGGGUCAAGCGAAGUGGCUGAGGAGUAGGAAGGAGGUCAAGGUCCGUCGGUGCGUGACAUUAA